GUUGUGGUUCCGUCGUCCCCAGCGCUGAAUUGCUGCCGAUGGGGCCGAGGUUCUUUGUCUGUGGUAAGCCUUUAAAAAAUACAACAUAAAAAUGGCUUCAAAAAGAGCUCUGGUCAUCCUGGCCAAAGGAGCAGAGGAGAUGGAGACAGUCAUCCCCGUAGAUGUCAUGAGGCGAGCUGGAAUUAAAGUCACCAUUGCGGGUCUGGCUGGGAAAGACCCAGUACAGUGUAGCCGAGACGACGUCAUUUGUCCUGAUGCCCGUCUGGAAGAUGCAAAAAAAGAGGGACCUUAUGACGUAGUGAUUCUGCCGGGAGGCAAUCUGGGUGCGCAGAAUUUAUCUGAGUCUGCUGCUGUGAAGGAGAUACUGAAAGAACAAGAAAAAAGGAAGGGCCUCAUAGCUGCCAUCUGUGCAGGUCCUACGGCUCUUUUGGCUCAUGAAAUAGGUUUUGGAAGCAAAGUUACAACACACCCACUUGCUAAAGACAAAAUGAUGAAUGGAAGUCAUUACAGCUACUCCGAGAACCCUGUGGAGAGGGACGGCUUGAUCCUCAGGAGCCGCGGGCCUGGAACCAGCUUUGAGUUCGCUCUUGCGAUCGUCGAGGCACUGAACGGCAAGGACGUGGCUGACCAAGUGAAGGCCCCGCUCGUUCUUAAAAAUUAGAGCAGACAGCUUUGAUCAGAAGUAGAGAAACAGGCCGUUCGUAAUCAUUCUCACCACGUUCGCUUGAAGCAAAAUGCGCGGUUCC